ACUUAUAGGUAUAUUAUGAUACUUUCGAUAAAAUGAAUGACAAUGGAAAUGUACCUACAGACGAAUAAUACGCAACGAUGUAUUCCAUUUACGUAAUUACUUGACACACGUGUAACUGAUUACUGGCCGCCGUCAUCGAAACCUAUAGGUACCUACCGGUAAGACUUUCUUCGAUAACCGCGUCUUUAGGUAUAGGUUCAACACGUUUCGACUAAAAACGCGCGAGGUUUUGUCGCCGGUCUGUCUGUCCUCGGCGGCGGCGGUGGCACGCGUUCGAACGAUUUUUUUGUCAUCGGACAAUUUUUUUUUUUUUUUUAUCUCAAGACAAUGUGCGAGUGUGUGCGAACUCGAUUUCACGCCCGGAGCGACAACGAUUUGUGUGAUAUGCCGAAUUAUAAAUGGUCGGGUGGUUUCUCGGUGGCGGUAUAGGUAUAUUGGAUUGUACAGGAACGUGGUAGUGGUACGGUAUAGCGGCCAGAGCAGAGCGGUAGUGGUAGAUAAUAUUAUUAUUAUUAUUCUUAUAUUAUUGUCGAUAUCGUCAUAUACGGGCGUUAAUUAUUACGGGUAUUUGGCAAAUCACGACAAUUUAUAUCCUGACCGCUCUAAACUACACGCAUUAUACCGUCUUAUGGUGUAGAUCGCUUCUGGCCGAUGGCAAGUCUGCACGCGACAAGACGCGGGCGAUACGUUUCACUUUUGACUUACACUUUUAACUUUUGUGUAUCGUAAGAAUACUCGCAAGAGCCGUACGACUUAUACGUGUGUGCAAUUACAGUGAUCGAGGUCCGAGCGCGUCAAAGUAAAAAUACAUUUUUGUACAUAAAUUACAUUAUAAAUAUUGAAAAUUUGAUCGUCGUUGUCGUCGUGAUCGCUUUUAAAAUCAUACGCCGUAAUAUUAUAACUCUACACUGCGGUACCUAUAAUACCUACAUCCGUUUCACGUUCACUUCCGGUGCCAAUAGGGACAUUUUUUCCGGGCUUCGAGAUGCGUACGUUCGGCGCCUAUGUCGUGUCGUUGUUCCACGUGUUCACUGUGUUCACCGUCACCAACACUGGCUCUUUUCUCAACUUGCAAGGAAUUAACGAUUGUUUCGAGAGGGUGGCCAUUGGAAAACGUUUGAACAGUUCAGAUGUGACAAAAACAAUAUCUACCACAAAUAUAAAACAAUGCAGUAACGAAUGUGAACGAAUGUUGUGUAACGCAUACAGUUAUGGAUUAAACGGAAAUGGAAAUGGUACUUGUCUACUUGGUUUAGAUCUACCAAAAUCAGGACCGUAUGAUGAUCCGGAGUACGAUCUUUUCAUGAAAAUAUUGCAAUGUAGAGAUAGAACAACGUGUUUCAUUAAGCUUGUGGGAGGCCGUCGACUGACUGAUAAAUACAUUCAAAGAACUCUGCCAGCUGACUCAAAAGGAGAUUGUGAACUAUAUUGUGAAUACGAAAAAGAAUUUCGUUGUGAAGGAUUUAACUUCAGAUACGACAUGAAAUUAGACUCUUAUAGCAGUUGUCAACUAUCAUCAGUAUCGUCUGACAAGCUAGAUCUAUCUUUAGACUUCCAGUCGGACGUGGAGUACGAUUUUUUCGAAAAAAACGUAAAUGCUUCGCCCAGCUGUCGGUACACGGAACUGGCCAGUCCGUAUGGGCAAAGGCGUAAAUGGGGUGGAACUGAACAAGAUCUAUGGCAAGAUCUCAAUCCACAAUGGCAACAGGGCAACGAAGUGGCGUAUGGUGGUGGCGACAAAGUGUUCUAUGAUCAGCUGAAACCAGGUGUACAGGAACUUUUCAAUGGCGGAGGUGGCAGCGGCGGCACGUCCUUAAUAAGACCGACCGAUCUGUAUAACAAUAAUGUCCAGUUCCUGAUCAAUAAUAUACAAUCGACGUUGACACCAACGGCAGUGAAUCGACUUCCAGCAUCAAUUAAUGAAUGUUUUAUAAAAGCCAGAACGGGACAUCAUUUACAGCAAGAAAAUAUUAUAAAAUCAAUAAACGCUCCAUCUCUUUAUGGUUGUGAGACCAUUUGUGCUAAUGAACAGACAUUUACUUGCAAUGUAUUCAGUUACAGAUAUAGUUUUACAUCCUCUAUGGACAAUUGUCAUUUAGGUGAUAAAAUGCUUAGGCAAUUGGAUAUUUUCCAAGAUUUAGUCCCAGACAGGGAUUGCGAUGUAUUUGCACGAAAUGAACUCAGCCAGCCCGGAUGUCAACCUGCGAAAAACUGGGACACUGAUUGUUUUGAACGAAUCCGAAGCGGUUUAACAUUGGAAGUUUCCAUAGUGAAAUUUUCAGUGCAGACGGAGAACUUGCAUGAAUGUGAGCUCAUUUGUCUCCACGUAAAACACUUCACUUGCCGAGUAUUCAGCUUCCGACGUGGGCCAUCCAUCACAGGUAAAUGGUCGGACAACUGUUACCUGACCGAUUAUCCGGUACUCGAAAUGGACCCGGUUAAACACUUCGUCGAAGAUUCUAACUGCGAUGUCUACAACCGUGGUAGUUAUGGUCGCGGGUGUGAACUGGAUAAGGUCCUGCCUCAAUCCGGUUGGCCUUUGGUCCCGGGACAAGAACUGACGCCCACAGUACUUACCACAUACCGGCCGCAAUAUGGCGUGCCUCCUCCGCUGACGCCAUCAUUAUACAGUCCAAAGUACGGUCCACCACCAUCACCUCCAUUACAAUUCUUCCCCAUAGUACCAUCUGAGUCACCAUCACCGUCACCGACACCAUCACCAUCACCACCGCCAUCACCACCACCACCACCACAGUAUUAUCCUGUCGGUCCUCAUUCGUCACCAUCACCACCACCGCAGUACUAUCCUAUUGGUCCUCACCCGUCACCAUCACUACCACCGCAGUAUUUCCCUCCACCAACAACUCUAUCACCGCCAUCUGGAUAUUAUCCUGUCACACCAACUGUCUUCCAUACAACCACAAGACCCACGGGUACUUACGUGCCAUCCAUGCCACCAACCACGUUCUUUCAGAUGCCAGGAGAAUAUACUCCUGUGUCUGCCAGACCCAUAAACAGGGAGUCUGGAGUGCCAGGAGGAGUGUACAAUGACUUGUUCAAUUUAUAUGGACAAAAUCCCACUAAAGUGCCAACUGUUUACGGAGUGUCAAAAAAAUUGUGUUACAUUAAUUUUGGAGGUACUGCAAGACUUUUGCCAUCGGCCAUCAAAAAGUCUAUGACCGUCGAGUCAGAAUACCAAUGCAAGAUGGAGUGCAACAAGGCCAGAGAGAACCAAUAUUUUCGGUGCUCAACACUCAGCUACUUCGGAGGUUAUUGCGAGUUGAGUGACAUAGAGAUGAGAGAUUUGAAACCAAAUCAACAUUUCAGUCUAGACCAACAAUUUUUGUUGUACACAUGGGAUUUCAACGAAGUCCAUUGUUUCAGCUCACCCGUAGCAAAAUACCCUUCAACCAACAGCUUUCCUGGUGGAUUAGAGUGGACAUGGAUGAGAUUCACCGUCAAUGGACAACCGUGCAGACCUGGUUCGUACUGUACCGAAAAUGUCAACAUGGGAAUAUGGUCUUGCCCGGUUGACCAAGGCGAUUGGGAUUACUGUUGUCGACCUGACCAUAAAUGCGGUUAUUCUGAGGGGGUCAGUUACUCAUGGUGUCACGUUGGAAAGUCUACAGAUCAGUGGCGACCAUGUAGCGAUAAGUAUUUCCCUUCUACAGACGGACCUCCGCAAACUUGGCCGAUGACGUAUAUCCAUCACACGGGUCCACCGAUCGGCCAGAUCCCUUAGCCUUCACCUCACCACGGCGAUAACAACGACAGCAACAACCACAGUGGACAAAACAACACUUCACAAACUGAAGUAAAACAUGAACAGUCGCUGGUAGAUAAAUUUCUGUCGAUAUUCACGUCCUCGUCGACGGAAAUCAGCAACAAUGUAGUCUCCUCACCCGAACCUGUUGCCGAGGCUGCUACUGCUUCAUCGAAAAUUGCCAAACACGACCUUGACCUGCUGCCCGGUUUCCGAGUGGUAGACGUUACCGACAAGCCUCAGUCGACUAGAAGACUGUACUCGUAUCAUGGAACCAACUACAACAUCAAUCGUCUUCGGAACAGAUUUUUAACUAAAAGACCGUCCGUAUACAUUUAACGCCUGCUUGACAAUGACGGGUGUACAAUGACCACUUGUGAACAUCUAAAUCUUCCGUAACGUUCAUAAAGCCCACGUCAAAUUGUAUAUAAUUUAUUUUUAGUACUGAACUGUCCAAUAUAAUAAUUGCUAACAAGCCAUAUGGGUAGCCUCCACACGCAAGCGAUCUGAUGAGAUAUGUAGUUCAAAGUGUACUAUUUCAUUCUGUACACAACAUUUUCGUAAAUUCGUCCUUAUAAUAUAACGUUAUUUUCGGAAUACAGCCUAUAGGCGUAAUAAAUUGCAAGUAUGCUUAAUAAAUUCUAAAGCUUUGAAUAAGAAUUUUAGAAUAACAAUCAUGGCAUGUUGAUUGUACUUUAAAUGAAAUGUUUAGGUAUUUAAAAUUAGUUAUUUUUUAAAAAUCAAUUACAAGCAAUUUAAAUGUUAGUAUUUGAAUUACAUUUGUCGAUUCUUAUGUCUGUUACUUAUUAGGGAUUAAUGUUAAUGAGUUAUUGAAUUUCAAAUCUUAACCAAUAUUUUUAUAUCCUCGCGGCUUAUGUAAAGCAAAAUACUUUUCUAAAAAAAUGUUAAAAUUUAAAAUAGGAUCAAUAAUAAUUAGUUAUUCUGUACAUCUCCGAUUGGGAAUAGUUAAUGAUAAUAGCUAUUAAAUUAUUAUUUUUAUACUUAAAUACGGUAAGGUCUCGUCAAUCCGAACACAUACUAAUCCGAAAGACGCGGUAAUCCAAAUGACCUCUUUCCUCAACCUCGUUCGGAUUAACGAGACCUUACUAUAUAUUGAUUACAUUCAAUAAUAUUAAAUAUUAAUAUAUUUUAUAAUUGUAACAUUUUUACUUACAUUUUAAGGACCAAAAUAAAAAUUUGAAGAUUUUAGUAGUAUUUAAAGUAUAGUCAAUAAUAUUAAAAGCAAUAUAAAUAUUUGUUACCUACCUAUUAAAUACAAUCAUCAAUUUCAUUUUUGUAUCUUUUAUUGAAUACGAAAACAUUAAGGUAUAGUUUUAUCGCCUUAAUUUAUUUAGUUUAUAAAGUAGGUAUCUGAAUAUUUCUUGAAAUACCCAUCAUAAUUUCAUACUUAAAUGCUAAUAUAAAUAUAGAACAAUAUUGAUUCUCACUAGUACGCACUAAGUAUGGAAAUAUUCAAAAACGUUAUCCUAUAGUAUCAGUUAUUUUGAGAUCAGAAUGAUAAAUUCAAAAUAUUUAAAAAUCGUUCAAGAUAAUUGAACAGCAAGUACAUUUUAAUAAUUUUAUCUAACCUUUGUACAACUUUUACGGGUGUAAAUAAUCAAAAUACUAUAAUUGAGAACAAAUUCUGAUACAACUAUGACUUUUUUAUAUUUGUAUUUAUAGUAACUUUUUUUAUAAAGUCAUAUAUGUAGUUGAAAAUUAUCCAAUUCUGCUCUUUCAAGCUACUUAUAUUGUAAUUUUUAUGAACCAGAGUUAUUAUUUAUGGUAUGCAUUUUUAAUACCAUAAGUUAGUUGACUCGUAUUAACAAAUUUAUUAACAAAACAUUACACUAAAAAUUUGAAUUAAAAUCAACUACCUAUGUCUAUGUACAUAUGUUUUUAACAUUUAAUACAUUUUGAAAAUUUUACGACACAUCAUAUUAUAUUUAUUUGAUAAUGGUUUUCUCUAUAUGUACCACAAAUUAUGUUUUCUACUUAGGAUCUUUAUAAAUGCUUGAUAUUUACUUUUUCAUACACUAAUAAUCUUCAGGUGUAUAAUUUAAGGGACAAAUGUGACUAUUUAACACUUUUAUUUUGAUAAUACUGUUUCGACAACAUUUAUGUAUACACACAAAAUAUUAUGUGUAAAUAAAUCACACCACAUUUGUAAGGAAAACCAUAGUGAAUUUGUUUUGUAUACAUAAAAUAAUACAUCCCUUGUCUAAUAAUUUAAACUAGUUGAUUCGACACAAUUUUUUUUUUUAAACAAAGGUUAAUAAUUAAUAUAGAAUGAUUACGUCAUAUUACGUUGUAUCAUAUAAUUUUAAAAUAAUCAUUUGUGUAGACAGAUUUCUAAAAACAAAAAAACACUUAAAUAUUAUAAAAUUAAAGUACUAUCGUCUAUUAUAUUGUACAUACCUAGCUGUUUCAUAUUCGUAAUUCACAUCUAUUUACACAAAACUAAAUAUAAUAUGUUAAAUAUUUGAAAAAAGUAAACUAAAGAAAAUAUUUCACGCGAAGAAUAACCUAACUCAUUUUAAUGAUAUUUAAUUUUUACACCAUAUUACUGUUUAUACAAGACUGGUGAUUUACGUAUUUUUGUAUGUUCCAAAACAGUAAUAGGUAUACAAUUUUGAAAUAUUUGUAUUAGAAAUUAAAAUAAAUUAUUAACUAUUUAUCACAACAAAAAAAAUUAUGAUCUUCGAUUUAUCUUAAGUUUUUUCAUUAAUUUAAUUUAAACAAUUUGUAUAGGUGAACAAUUAACCAACAAGAUAUCAUAUAAAAUGAAAGUAAUAAAAAUAAACUCAUAUUUAAUAAAAAAUGAAUAAUAUUUAAAUGUACAGUAAUAUUAAAAUUGUAAAUUGAUUAACCUGUAGUUAUCAUUAUGUAUUUUUUAUAUUAUACUCUCUCGAUAAAAAGGCAAAUUAAUAAAUCAAUGUGUAUCUAAUGUAUCUUCAUAAUGUGGUUAUUUAUAAAAUGACCAUAAAAAUAGCUAUUAAUUAUAUGAUUAUAUUACGCUUAUUUUCGUAUGAUUGUGCCUAUGGAAAUCAGACCUGUAAAGUAUUCGAAUACGAGUAUUUAUCAUUUAGAUAUUAUCAUAAUACAGAGCAUUAAAUACUUUAAAAUAAUAUAAUCGUAUUUUACUAAGAAUAAUAUACACGAUUCAGAUUCUUAUUUCUUGUAUUCGAAUACUGAAAUCUGAACCAUACACCAUACUUAAGAGUAGAUUGUAAAUUAAUUGAUCAUAAUAUUCAUAAAUGUAUAUGUUAAAAUAUUAAGCUCGAAAUAAUUAAGGAAAUGUAUAAAUACUCAUAAUUCAAAUAUAUAUAUAUUAUUAUACAUGUUUUAAGUUGAAAAUGUUUAAGUAUUCGUUUAAUAAAUUUAU